GAUUCUCCGAGCGCCUCCCCAGGCUUUCUUUCUUUGUUUGUCUCAUAAAUUUUCAUCUGACAUAGACAUUGGGCGAAACAAUCAUGGCUGAAGUUCUUGGCACUGCUUCUGCUGUAGUUCAGCUGCUGGAGGCUGCGAUUUCCGUUAUGGGACGCCUCCGCAGGGCUUUCGAACGCCAGAAAGAAAUGGCGGCUGUCCUUGAAAAGCAUGACCUUGAACUCAACAACUUAAUAUCAUUGGUUCGCACAAUCGAAGAUGAAAAAGAUUUGCGGACAGACGCUGUUAGCAAGGAGUUGAAGAAGCUCGGAGAUAUUGAACGCGAACUUGUGGACUGCCUCAAUGGCAUUGAUCCGGGAACCAAAGGCAAAGUGCAUCAGAUUGCGCAUCAACUGUUUCAUGGUUCCAAAGAAGAGAGAAAGCUGGCCAACAUUAUGAACGAUCUGACUCGCGCGAAGCUGGAUCUCUCUUUUCGCGUUCAGGUCGCCAGCGUAGGAGUAAUCCGCGACGUUGGAGAUGCUGUUCUUGUCAACGCCGAGACCAUCAAUCGGAUCGAUCGCUGUUUGAGGGAGUUAUUAGGAGAAGGGAAAGGACUUAGAAUUGCAAAGUUGCUCAGAGAUGGCUGCCCACAAGAUCAAGACGGCAAUUUCCGCUUGAAGAGGGCAGAUGUCGAUGAAGCCCUUGAAUACGACGAUGGAAAUAAGAGGUCAGGAAAUGGGCCUGGACAUUACGUUCGCGAGAAGGUCAGGAAAAUUGACAACAACAAGGCAGAGAAGAAUUCUCUCGUGGUUGCUGCACCGGUUGUAACAGACAUAUGGGCGCACAUGGACCGAAUUGAGAUCAAUGGCAAUUCGGCACUUGACGGCGGUGCUGUAAUUGGUUAUCCAAUGGGCGUGGAGGGUCUUGAGUUUACAAAGUAUCUCCUUGAUCGUCAAGAGAGGAUCGCGGAUAAAGAGAGACAAGCGACUAAAGAGGAAAGAGAGGCUGAAAGGGGGUCAAUGACUCCCAAGGGUUAGUUUUGCAUGGGAAUGGAAGGACUCAGGAACCACAUAAGUUGGGUGUUUGGAGUCUUUCCACUUUAGGGGCAACGACGGAGAUAUCAAGGAGUAAUGUUAAAGGUUGUCCUUUCUCGCUAAAAUUGUAAAAGAAAGGGGGCGGGGCAAAUGGGAUUGUUGCGGACCGCAAUUCUAAGUCAAUCCCACCUUAAAGCCUGCAUAUUACACACCUCGUUCAAACAUAACUCCUACACUGUGAAGCAAUUUGGAAUAA